AUGGCGGCGGCGACAUCAACACCGACGUCAGCACCGACCACCCUCAGCGCCAUGUCGGGGGUCUUCGAUGAACAGCGCUGCGCCGCGCCAGUCCGGCGCUACGUCGCGCUGAUGCAGCGUCUGCAGGCGCUGGGCUACAGCCCCACCGUGCACCCGGCCUUCGCUGAGCAGAUUGUCAACACCUACGGCAUCUUGCCAGAGCCGGCCGGCCCCAGCGAUCGCGACCACCACAGCCCGGCCUUCCUGCGCCGUGUGGUGAAGGAGACGGUGCCGCUGCCAGCGCAACCAGACGCCAUGGUGCUGCUGGACUGCCUGGAGGAGCUGGCGCGAGAGGACGGGCAGCCCCUCUUCCUCUGUACCACCAGCAGGAUCCCCAGUGUUCCCAACGUCCCCAGUAUCACCAGUGUCCCCAGGAUCCCCAGUGACCCCAGUGUCUCCAGUAUCACCGGUAUCCCCAGUGACUCCAGUAUCCCCAGUGUCCCUGGUGACCCCGGUGACCCCAGUGUCCCCAGCAUCCCCAGCAUCCCCAGUGACCCCAGUGACGCCGGUAUCACCAGUGACCCCGGUGACCCCAGUGUCCCCAGUGACCCUGGUGACCUCAGUGACCCCACUGUCCCCAGUAUCACCAGUCUCCCCAGUGACCCCAGUAUCACCAGUGUCACCAGUAUCACCCGGGUGGGUGACCCCAGUAUCACCAGUGUCCCAACUGUCCCCAGUACACCCAGUGACUCCAGUAUCACCAGUGCCCCUACCAUCUCCAGUGACCCCAGUGUCUCCAGUAUCACCAGUAUCCCCGAUGACCCCAGCAUCCCCAGUGUCCCCAGUGACCCCAGUAUCACCAAGGACCCUGGUGACCCCAGUGGCCCUGGUGACCCCAGUGACCCCAGUAUCACCAGUGACCCCAGUAUCCCCAGUAUCCCCAGUGGCCCUGGUGCCCAGCACCAUCCCUGGCUGGCUGCUGUGGGGCUGCUGACAGGG